AUGGGUCUCGGACGAUGGGUCUUUUGCAAAGAAAAUGACGAAGAUUUCUUGUGUUGUCUUUCUUCAGACCAGCCUUUCUUUACCCAAAAGGAACCCUUGCAUCAUUUUCAGGUCUCAGGAGCUGGGCUUGAUCUGAAGCGUGAAGGUGCAGGAGCUGGGCUUGAUCUGAAGCGUGAAGGUGCAGUAGCUGGGCUUGAUCUGAAGCGUGAAGGUGCAGGAGCUGGGCUUGAUCUGAAGCGUGAAGGUGCAGGAGCUGGGCUUGAUCUGAAGCGUGAAGGUGCAGGAGCUGGGCUUGAUCUGAAGCGUGAAGGUGCAGGAACUGGGCUUGAUCUGAGGCAUGAAGGUGCAGGAACUGGGCUUGAUCUGAGGCAUGAAGGUGCAGGAACUGGGCUUGAUCUAAAGAGUGAAGGUGCAGAAACUGGGGUUGAUCUGAAGCGUGAGGGUGCAGGAGCUGGGCUUGAUCUGAAGCGUGAAGGUGCAGGAACUGGGCUUGAUCUGAGGCAUGAAGGUGCAGGAACUGGGCUUGAUCUGAGGCAUGAAGGUGCAGGAACUGGGCUUGAUCUAAAGAGUGAAGGUGCAGAAACUGGGCUUGAUCUGAAGCGUGAAGGUGCAGGAGCUGGGCUUGAUCUGAAGCGUGAAGGUGCAGGAGCUGGGCUUGAUCUGAAGCGUGAAGGUGCAGGAGCUGGGCUUGAUCUGAAGACUGAAGGUGCAGGAGCUGGGCUUGAUCUGAAGCGUGAAGGUGCAGGAACUGGGCUUGAUCUGAAGCGUGAAGGUGCAGGAGCUGGGCUUGAUCUGAAGCGUGAAGGUGCAGGAACUGGGCUUGAUCUGAGGCAUGAAGGUGCAGGAACUGGGCUUGAUCUGAGGCAUGAAGGUGCAGGAACUGGGCUUGAUCUAAAGAGUGAAGGUGCAGAAACUGGGGUUGAUCUGAAGCGUGAGGGUGCAGGAGCUGGGCUUGAUCUGAAGCGUGAAGGUGCAGGAACUGGGCUUGAUCUGAGGCAUGAAGGUGCAGGAACUGGGCUUGAUCUGAGGCAUGAAGGUGCAGGAACUGGGCUUGAUCUGAGGCAUGAAGGUGCAGGAACUGGGCUUGAUCUAAAGAGUGAAGGUGCAGAAACUGGGCUUGAUCUGAAGCGUGAAGGUGCAGGAGCUGGGCUUGAUCUGAAGCGUGAAGGUGCAGGAGCUGGGCUUGAUCUGAAGCGUGAAGGUGCAGGAGCUGGGCUUGAUCUGAAGCGUGAAGGUGCAGGAGCUGGGCUUGAUCUGAAGCGUGAAGGUGCAGGAACUGGGCUUGAUCUGAAGCGUGAAGGUGCAGGAGCUGGGCUUGAUCUGAGGCUUGAAGGUGCAGGAACUGGGCUUGAUGUGAAGGUGCAGGAACUGGGCUUGAUCUGA